UUUUAUAUUGAGACUUGGAGAUUUGGAGUUUUCUAUUAAUGUUUAUUAUUUUCUGUUUGUUAAUGUGCAAAUUAUUAUUGAACAUUAUUGUUUGAAUUUGUUUACUGUCUAGUUAAUAAGGCGUCGAAUGCUGUUGGGUGUUGUAUUGUUGAUGGCUGGGUCGACCACUGGUGUACCGAUGUCUCCUGGGUAUGGCGGAUAAGAAAUCGCAACGCCACCGCCUUACUACUCAACUUACGCAACGACCAGUUCCUGCACCGAUGUCUUCAAGUACUACACCACCAAAGCACCGGAGUUUUAUACCACAACUUACUCUGCCCCGAGUUACUACACCAAGGCGACGGAGCAGGACUACGCAUGCUGCCCCAUCCUACUACACCGAGGCUCCCAAAUGCUAUACCGAGGUUCCCGCUAAUUACUCCACCGAAGCGGCCAAGUACUUCUCUGCCCCAAUCUACACAACCACAACUGAGGCGGCCAAGUAUUACGCUGUCCCGACUUGCUACACAAAUGCUGCUCUUUCGUGCUACAUUGAACAGAAAUACUACACUGAUGCUCCAGUCUACUACACCACGGCAGCCCUCAAGUACUACACCGAAGAAGCCGCCUAUUACACAACGUACGCUGCCUAGUUUACUACAUCGAGGAAUUUAAGUAUUACCCUGCUAACUACUACCAAACUGAGGUUCAUAUUUAUUGCAAUUCUCCCGAUUAUGUCACCACUACUUACGCUGCUCCGACUUAUACACCGAAGUUCUGAAGUAUUUCUCUGGAUGUGUUGAAAAUUAGUGAAAUACAAGAUUGAUUGAUAAAUCACAAGUGCAUCUCUCUAUUUUCUCCUUAUGUACAUUUCCUGCUGCUGAUAAUUGCAUGAAGUGAGAAAAUAUUUCUGAGUGCUAUGUUAACUUACACAAAUAAUUGAUCUUGCCAAAUACACUGAUAAAAAUUCAAA